AACCCUCAGUCCCUGGGGAGGCGUGGGAGGCGCGGGAAGGGCGAGCAUUCGCUUUUGCGCGUGUGCGUCCACGUUGCACCAACAUUCCCGGCAGCCUCUGCGGCACGGCCCUGGAGAACCUGGAUGCGGAGCCUAUGACUGAAGAAUAGCCUUGGUCUACGACUUUUCUCGGCCUUGAACUACAUUUCCCAGAGGCUUCGGGCCCCUAUUAUAUUCUGCAGCAUCAGUCACGAGUUGAUCUUGCAGGUCUGAGUCAGCCUGCCUGCGUCUUUGGUCUUCGGUCGUCAGCCGCCCUCUCGCUGCGCUGAGGAGGCUCUGAAAAGGCUCCGGUCUUGGACCUGAACUGAGACUCGCAUGUUGCGGACCUCCGGAACCGCUAUCCUGGAGUCCUCCACCGUUUACGAUGAAGGCUGGUGAGGAGGAGAGGAGAAUCAUUGCUGCGUAUCUGAAAAUUAAAUUCAAGGUUCAGGAAUAAGAAUGUUUGCUCCUACCAAGUUUCUUCAGACUUUUGGAAAAAAAUAAAUAAAUCAUCCAGACUGGGAAGAAAGAACUGAAAUUGUCUAUAUUAUAUGGACGCAUAAUCAUGUUUCUCAGAACUUUGCUUCUCUAGAAGAACCCUGAGGAAGACUGGCCAGUUCUUGUAAACCUAAAACCAUGGCUCACAAACUAGUGAAGUUCAGUGAUGUGUCUGUAGUCUUCUCUCAAAGGGAAUGGAAGUGCCUGAACCCUACUCAGAGGGAAUUGUACAGAGAUGUGAUGCUAGAGAAUUAUAGCAACUUGGUCUCACUGGGAUAUUCUGCCUCAAAGCCAGAAGUGAUUACCUUAUUGGAGCAAGGCAAAGAGCCGUUCAUUGUGAUUGGAGAUGUGCAAGGAAGACGGUGUGCAGGAUUGUUCUCCAGAUACAAGACCAAGAAAUUACCUUCAGGAAAGGAUGCUGAUGAAGCUAGUUCGUCCAAAUCGGAGACAACAGAAAGAAGAAAAACUGUUGGACUUAAGGGAACCACUUCGAGAAAUGAGUCGCAGAACAAAAGUGAGUCUAAGGGUCAACAGGGACCCCAAGAAAAGAAUUUCAGGCAAGUGAAAAGCACUUAUAAGAAAAGGCCAACAGAGAGAAAGCAGACAUCUUCGAGUCAGAGAACAUCUAGUGGUGGGAACGCUAGUGAAGAUAGGGAACGUGGGAAAAACCUUAGUUCUGCCUCUAACUCAGGUCAAAGUGAAAAAAAUACUCCUGAGGAAAAGCAUGAUUGUCCAGAAUGUGGGGAAACUUUGAGUAGUAUCUCUCAACUUAAUCUACAUCAGAAAACUCAUAGUGGUGAAAAAGUCUAUAAAUGUAAACAGUGUGGGAUGUACUUUGGUCAUCACUAUCAGCUUAUUUUGCAUCAGAAAUUUCACAGUGGUGAGAAACCCUAUGAAUGUCAAGAAUGUGGUGAGACCUUUACUCUUUUCUCACAAUUCAGUCGACAUCAGAAAUUUCAUACUGGUGAAAAACCCUAUAGAUGUAAGAAAUGCAAGAAAAGAUUUAGUAGUAGUUCAGAGCUUUCUGAGCAUGAGAAAGAGCAUACUGGUAAGAGGUGUUUUGAAUGUAAGGAUUGUGGAAAGUUUUUCAGACUUAAUUUCUACCUUACAGAACAUCAGAAAACCCACACAAGGGGGAAAUCCUAUAAAUGUAAGGAAUGUGGGAAAGCUUUUACUGUAAUUGGACAGCUUACCCGCCAUCAGAAAAUUCAUACGAGUGCAAAACCCUAUGAAUGUAAGGAAUGUGGGAAGUCUUUUAGACUCAGUUUAUAUCUCACUGAACACAAAAAAAUACAUACAGGCAAGAAACCUCACGAAUGUAAGCAUUGUGGGAAAAGCUUUAAUGUCCGUGGACAGCUUACUCGGCAUGAGACAAUUCACAGUGGUGUAAAACCCUUCGAAUGUGAGGUGUGUGGGAAGGCUUUUGGUUAUAAUGGUGACCUUCGAGUGCACCACAGAAUUCAUACCGGUGAGAAACCACAUAAAUGUAAGGACUGCGGGAAGGCCUUUAUGCUUCGUUCAGCCCUUACUGAACAUCAGAGAAUUCAUUCUGGCGUAAAGCCAUACGAAUGUAAGGAAUGUGGGAAGACAUUUAGAGGGCGCUCUCAAGUGAGCCUGCAUAAGAAAUUUCAUACUGACCUGAAACCCUACAAAUGUGCAAAAUGCGGGAAGACCUUUAGAUUUGGUUUCUACCUGAGUGAACAUGAGAGAAUUCAUACUGGGGAAAAGCCCUAUAAAUGUAAAGAAUGUGGAAAGGCUUUUAUUCGUAGAGGAAAUCUUAAAGAACAUCUGAAAACUCAUUCAGGUGUAAAGCCCUACGAAUGUAAAGAAUGUGGAAAGUCCUUCAGUUGGCGUGGUCAGUACACUCAACACCUGAAAAUUCACUCAGGUGUAAAACCCUUCAAAUGUAAGGAAUGUGACAAGGCCUUUAGUCGCAGUGGAGACCUUAGAAUCCAUCAAAGGAUUCAUACUGGUGAGAAACCUUAUGGGUGUAAAGAAUGUGGAAAGUCUUUUAGACUUAAUUCACACCUUAUUGAACAUCAGCGAAUUCAUACUGGUGAGAAACCCUAUGAGUGUAAGGUGUGUAAGAAGGCCUUUAGACAGCGAUCACAUCUUUAUCAGCAUCAGAGAACCCAUAAUGUAACUUAAUAUAAUACUGCCUUUCCAUUUGCAUGCUCUGGUUAUUAGAAUAUCAAAAACAGACAGAAACUCUGUCAGUGUGCCAAUCUUUCUUUAGAUGUGUUAACUUAAUAAUUGUGUAAGAACCUUUUAAUGCCUCUCAGUCCUUGUUGAAUUUAAAGGAAUUCAUACUAGAAAAUAAACCUGUCGAUGUAAAAAUUGUGGAAAAGUGUUGUUAGCAAUGAUAUACUAUCAUCAUUGCCUUUCCACUACUCUGAUACCUGUGUGAUAUCAAGCAAAACAUGUAGGUCUUGUUGCCUCAGUUGUAAAAUGAUACCUACCUAAAAGUGUGGCUAGUGGUGUAUACAUCAUCAAUAAUGGUUAUACAGUAUACUGUAACGUGUGAUACUGUGAAAACUGUCUGGCCCCAAACUGUUUUUGAAAUAUUGGAUAUUAUUAUUUUCAUUAUUAUCAGCAUUACUAUUAGUGAAUUUAAAAUAGAAAGAUAAAAGUGGAGGAAAUAACAUAGAAAGACCAUUCAACACUUGCUAUGUUUUGGGCAGAUCAUCUUUGAUAAAAAUCUGUUAUGGACUAAAUGUUUAGAAUCCAUAUAGGAUAUGCAAUCCCAACCAGAUGGUGUUUGGAGGAGGGGCCUCUGUGGUUAUUAGGUCAUGAGGGUACAGUCUUCACAAAUAGGAGUAUUUCCAUGAUAAGAACAUCCUCCAAACCUAGAUAGUUCUCUUUCAUCUUCUUUCAACCACAGGAAGAUACAAGUGAGGAAUCAGCAACACAGAAGAGGGCCCUCACCAAAAUCCAAACAUGCUGGCACUCUAAGCUUAUACUUCCAGCAUCCAAAACUUAUUUAUAAGACACUAAGUCCAUGGUAUUUCAUUAUAGCAGCCCAAACUAACUGGGAAAAUCUAUUAGAACACAGAACAUGAGAAAGUUUGAAUUCAAACCAUAGUAAGUUCUACCAGAAAAUUAAAGCUCGAAGGGAACUAAGGAUUCAUAACUGCUGAAAUAUCAAGGAGAGAUGUGAUAGAAUUUCCUAUAAUAAUGUAGAACUUAUAAGUAUUCCCCAAUUCUAUUAUGAAAAUUUUCAGACAGAAGAAAAAUACAUUCUGAUACCCAUUUAGCCCUCUGGCUAGAUUUGAAAAUCUGUACUUUUUGCCUAUUUGCUAUUUUUUUCAGAAAUACACAUAUACAUCUGUAUACACACACACACACACACACACAUAAACAUUUUAUUUAUUUAUUAUCUAUUUGCAUGCUCUGGUUAUUAGAAUAUCAAAAACAGACAGAAACUCUGUCAGUGUGCCAAUCUUGAACCCAGGGGCACUUUACCCCUGAGCUAUAUCCCUAACCCUUUUUAUUUUUUUUUUUAAUUUUGAGAUGGAAUCUCACUAAAUUGCUUGGGACUAUCUGUGAAAUUGUGUGAUGGGAUAUAGCACAUCUCUACAACAGAAUUAACAAGUGAUUAUACAAAUUAUUCAAACAGUCAUAUUGAAAUAAAAACUUAAAGGGAUUUUUAUAGCUGGAAAGAUGGAGUAGAUGUCCUUUUGUUCCCCCUCUUCCUCCUACUACAUUCAUCUCAAACCCCUAGGUAGUAUACAUCAAACAAACACAAAAUUGGAAAUAUUGAGAGAAGAAAACAAACUUGAUAGGGGACACAAAACCCAAGGGAUGACGUGGUGGCAUUCCAUGGGAUUUAUACCCCAGUCUUGGAACUAAAGACUGACAGCAAUACUGAAAUGCCAAUAGGCAGAGAUAGGGUAGGGAGAGCCUCAGGAAAAGUCUACUUUCUAGCCGAAUAAACAGGAAGGGACAGUGGAGCAAGAGUGGAAGCAUUGAGACAAUAACCCGUCUAGCCAAAAAAAAAAUCUGCAGCUUGGUUUUUGUAUGUAUCAGUUGUUUGCUCCUUGUCAUCUGAAGAGUAUUCCAUUGUAUGAAUGUGACAUGGUUCAUCCAUUUACUCACUGAAUAACAUCAGAGCUGUUUCCAAUUUGGGGCUAUUACAAAUAAAGCUACUAUAAAAUAUUCAUAUGCAGAUUUCUAUGUGAACAUAGUUUUCAUAUCUCUAGGAAGGAUGCCCAGUGAUGUAAUUUCUUGACAUUAUGGUAUCUGCAUGUUUAUGUUUUUAAGAAACUACCAAACAGUUUUCCAGAUUGGUAGUGCCAGUUGGUCAUCCUCACCAGCAACAUGUGAUAGUUUGUCCAUCCUCCUUCCUUGGCUUUGUCACUGUGUUUUUGUUGUGGUCAUCUGGAUAAGUCUGUAGUAAUAUUUCAAUGUCAUUUUAAUUUGCAUUUGCCUAAUAACUAAUGAUGUUUAAUAUCUUCUUGUGCUUCUUUGCCAUCUAUAUAUCCUCUUUAAAAAAUCUCGUGAUAUCUUACAUUUCCUGUCCUUUUCCUAAAUGUAUGAAUUGAUUGUUUACUUUUUUUUUAGAACUUAUUUACAUAUUCUAGAAAUUAGUCCCUUAGUUAGAUGUGUGUUUUGCAAAUAUACAUAUAUAUAUUUCCCAAUCUGUAGUUGUAGCUUCAUUCUCUUCACAAUAUUCUUAAAAGAGUUAUUUUUAUUUUAAAAAAUUUGUGGAUCUACCACCACUCCUGACAUGGAAAUCCAAAUGAAGAGCCUAGAUUUCUACAUUUGCAAUCUAUAACAGAGUGUCCAAAUGUCCCGCCAGGUAGGAAGAAAAAAAAAAAGCCUGUUGUGAAUCCAGGGCCUUUCAUCUCCAUCAGGCAGUGAACAGUCCUCUUUGCCCAGGAAAGGAUAAAGAGGAAGAUACUUUGGGGAAUAAGAACUUUUAAAAGCUCCCAAAUAUUCCUAGGAAUUUAAAAGGCCACAUGAAUAAGCAGGACUGAGCAAAUAUUUAGGAAAAAAAUUGGGGUGGCCAUAAGCUCUUACCUUUCUGUCAGACCUUCAGGUUCUGUACAAGCAGAAAGUAAAGGCUAAGUCAGAAUUGUAAACUGGUUGAGGAUUGAAGAUGUGCCCUAACACACAGCCUAUCUGCAAAGACUGGGAGUUUUUGUUUUAUUCCAGGCAUUUAAGUUAGCCCUAGCUGGGCACCGAAUUAAUGGAACAGAGACUUCAGUGUUCACACACGACAAAAAAUACAGACUGUAAAAAUUAAUUCAGAAAAGUCACUUAAAGUACAACCAGCAACACCAACAAAACUUACAGGAUGGCAGACUCUUAAUUUCUAGGGUUGCCACAUGAUAAUAUUCAAUGUCCAAUUUUAUGUGCAUGCGUGCACACACACACACACAUGCACAAGUUAGCAGGCAAGCAAACCAGAAGCAUAUGUGAAAAUCAGUAGGAACUGAGAAAACACAGUAAUUAGACAAAAGGUCUUUAAAUUUUUUUUUAGUUAUAGAUGAACACAAUAAUGUAUUUUUAUUUAUUUUUUAUGUGGUGCUGAGGAUCAAAUCCAGUGCCUCACAUGUGCUAGGGAAGUGCUUUACCACUGAGCUACAAUCCUAGCCUCUAGACAUAAGUUUAAAAUCAGCUGUCUUAAAUGUGUUCAGUGAGCUCAAAGAAACCACAUAUGAAAAACUAAAGAAGAUUGAGAUCAAAGACUCUGCAAAUAGAGAAUAUCGAUAAAGAAAUGGAAAAUUUUAAAAGGAACUGAAUAGUUUAGACUUGAAAAGUAUAAUAACCAAAAUGAAAAAUUCUCUGGAGGGAUUCAACAGCAGAUCUGAGCAGAGAGAAGAAAAAAAAUUAGCAAAUUGAAGAUAGGGCAACUGAAAUUAUCUAGUCUUAGAAGCACGAAAAAAAGUAAAAGAAAAAAAAAAACAGAUCUUCAGAGACCUAUUGAAUAUCAUCAAACCUAAGAAUGAACACAAACAUAUGCAUUUGUUUUAUGGAUAGAUAAAGGGUAUUCAGAAGUUUCUCAUAUAGAAAAAGGGACAGAAAGAAUAUCUGAAGAACUAAUGAUUGAAAAGUUCCAAAAAUUUGAUGAAAAACAAGACAUAUAGGUUGCCCAAGCAGCUUAACAGAUCCCAAAUAGGAUAAGUUCAAGUGAUCUAAACUGAGACACACAAUUCAGCUCUUGGAAAAGAAUCUUUAAGUUUGUUUGUUUUGAUGCUGGGCAUUGAACUCAAGGCCUCAUACAUGGUAAACAUGUGCUGUACCACUGAGCUACAUCCCUGGCUUCAACAGCUUACCAAGGCCCUAAGCAACUCAGUACAAUCCUUUUUCAAAGUAAAAAAUGAAAAGGUCUGGGAUGUGGCUUAGUGUUAAGCACCGCUGGGUUCAAUCCCCAGUACCAAGAAAGAAAAAAAAAAGAAAAGAAAAAUAUACAUCUAACACAAUAAGGACACAAUAAUGGAGGAAUUAUGGAACAAAAACAGUAAGGCAUGGAAAACAAAUAGCAAAAGGAUAGAAAUAUGUUCAUCAUCAGAAAUUACAUUAAAUGGGAAUGGAUUAAGCUUUCUGAUUAAAAGGAAGAAAGUAGCAGAAUGGAUUUUAAAACAAGUUUUUAAAAUGAUUGAACUCUAUGCCAUCUACAAGAAACUCUCUUUAAAUCCAAAGAUACAAAUUGAAAACAAAAGGAUAUAAAAAGAUAUUUUAUAAAAGAGUAGCUAAAAGAGAGUUGGGGUAGCUAUGCAAAUAUCAAACAAAAUAGACCUUCAGUCAAUCAUUAUUUCUAGAGACAAAGAACAUUACUUAAGGAUCAAAGGGUCAACCCAUGGAGAACAAAUAACAGUUAUAAACCUAUACACUUAGCAAUGGAGUCUCAAAGUACAUGAAACAAAUACUAGCAGAAUUGAAGGCAAAAUAGACAGCCCAACAGUAACAGGAAUCUUCAAUACUCCACUUUUACCAAUGGAUAGAACAACUAGACAGAAACCCAGUAAGGAAAUA